GUUAUAUUUAUAGAUUAGGAAAAGGACAGUCACUCAGGCUUAAAGUGUGCAGCACCCGAGCGAACGUUCUCUUCAAUAAAGUGAACCGUGCUUGCGAGACCUGCGGCCAAGUGUAUCCGUGAGAGAGUUUGUGAUCGUAACGUUCGGUCCGGGAUGUUGUCUGUAUGUCAAGCGCACGGACUGUUGAACUGAACUGGAGACCCCGAUUCGCCGCGUCCUCCCACCAGUGAACUCACCAGAAGCCGGCAUGGCAUAACGCAGGAGACGACGUCUUGCUCUUGGCAACAAGGCCCUCUACUAUGGAAGUGGCGUUUCGCUCGUAGUCCCGUGCGUGUGCGCGCAGCUGCGGCAAUUGUGGGCUCGCCCGUGGCUUCAUGCUUACGGACGAUCAGAAUCAGUACUAGCCGGCUUGUUACGAUACUUGGUUGGUUUCACACGUCUGCGUCCGGCCCUAAGCAAGACGGCGACGAGUUUUCAUAAUGUUGCGAGGCCGCUGAUUCCCCCUUCACUAACUAAUCCACUCAUAUCGCUCAGUAUAGCGUUACUUGACCAGCAACGUCAGAGCCACUUGAUUUGCACCUAGGAAUGUGCAACAUGGCAUCGGACUCAAAUGGCCGCGAUUUACUCCCUUAUCCUGGUCGCCGGCUUUAUAGCAACGACCCUAACAAGCUAUACGCAUACGGCAUCGAUAGGAGUGGCUCCGUUCAGAGUCCCGAGGAUCAAUGCAGCAUCAAGCUAAACCACCACCUGCAGCCAGCUUACCAAUACGUGCGGCCUUCUGGGCUGCGCAUGUACGGUGGAAAGGCGCCCUCCUGCGUCCUGGAGACCCAACCGCCCUCAUCCCCCAUGCUCCACGCUGAGGGUGGCCACCCAGGCCACCCCACCGGCGGCUUCUCGAGUGAGACAGAACGCGGUAGCGCACCGCAGCAGCACCAGCAGCAGCUGUUUCAGCAACAGCGCUUUCGUGGUGCAGCGCCCGGCAUGCCGGUAGGAAGUGUUCCUGCAGGCCGUGUCGAAGGAUCUGCUCUGGACGGUUUGGGGGACAAGCAAGUGCUUCAGUUGGCACUCGUGCUCCGAGACUUGCCUCCCGAGCAGCAACUGCAGCUGCUGAAAGAAAUGCCGGACCAGGAACUAGCAGCAGGUCUAGCAUGCGCGCUGGUAGCGUCAGGUUCAGAGCUCGUGGGGAAGGCUGGUCCAGCGCGUCCGGAAGCCCAAGCAGACCCUGGUGACGUGGCGCCGAGCUUCCCAUACCCUGACAAGACCGCUGCUGCUGCCACUGCUUUGGCUGCCGCUGCUGCUGGCAACGGCAAAGCUGCAGGACCUUGGGGUGCGGGUCCCGCUAGGAAUGCCGGUGCUGGAGAACCCCGGGGCCGCGCCCCAGUACCGGCCGCAAUCAUGGACAUGCUACGUCGCGGGCUUAUACCUGGCCCAGACGCACGAGCAACGAUGGACCUGCUCCCAGCAGCCACAGCCACAGCAGCGAGUCAGGGGCGGCCCAUGGAGCAGCCUACCGCGAACAUGUACGGCGCCGGUGGCAUGUACGGCACCAUGGCCGGCGGCAGCGGUGGCGGUUUCAUAAGCGCUCGGCAUCCGCAGCAGCAGCGGCACAGGUUCCCAGCCGCGGCCCCGGUAAAUGUGGCCGACUCACAUCUGAAACGCACAUCGGCAGGUGACGCCGGCAUGGAUGCCCAUGCGCUGUUCGGCGGCGGCGGUCCUGACGUUGACGGCCCCAGGGCGCAGGCUUAUGGCGCCUUGCUGGCGGCACGCGGUAGCGAUACGGCACCAGCGGUACGGCAGUCGCGUGGGAACUACCCGACAGACGCAGGCCAGGCAGCAGUUGCGCAGGCCAUGUUUGCUGCCAGCAACGGCAUUCCGGGAUGCGGCAUGAGCGCGAAGGAGUUGACAGAGAUGCUGUUCAGGCGGCAGACUGCUGGGAUGCCUACUGCACGCAUGCCUCCUACUGCAGUAGCAGCAUCCUCCACACCUACGCAGCCGUUUCCGCUGCAUGCGUCCGCAACGCCGCUGCCACAAAAACUGCAACACCAGCAGCAGCAGGAACCGCAGAAACCGCUGCCGCAGCAGCAGCCGCAGCGGCGUUCGAGCCCUCAGACUGCGGUCUCUGGCUUACAAGCCAGCGGCGACAUCGGCAAAUUGCUGCGGCAGUCCCGAGAUGGGCAGCCCUCUCUGCCAGCGCCUCCGCCCGACGGCCGCAGCCGCGGCUCAUUCGAAAACUCAGGAUCUGAAUCAGGCCUGGAACCUCAAGCGUUGCCGCUUGGCAUGAGCAGCGGGCGCGGCGUUGUGCGGCAGGGCAGCGGCAUCAGCGUAGGAGGUGGCAGCCAGCGUGGCAACGCGGCUCAUGCACCUGUGCCUUUCCGUGAUAUCCAGGAACUCUUGGCCGCUGGGUCCCACGCUGGGGCCGCGACGGUGGAAGAUGGUGGAGGCGGCAGCGGCAAUAACACGGCGGAGGGCCAGCAGCGCACAGGGCUGCCUGCUGCUGCGGAGGGCGAAGGAGGAGAGCAGGGAGAGCGUGCGGACAUUGACAACAUAUUGCAGCAGGUGUUGCGGUUGGGCGAGGCGGGCUUUGGGGCGCUCAUGGAGCGCCUCCAGGGAACCGCUGCGAGCAGCAAGCGCAAAGCCUUCGAGCAAGCCCAGGCUGAGGAUGAGAACGGUGCGCCUGACCGUCACCCUGCCCCUGCCGCACCGGCGCCGCCCCAUGACAGCCUAGCGUGGGCCCAACAACGGCCAUCACAGCGCCCAAGGCCCCACGCGGAUGCACACGUGCCCAGCACUGCUGCAGCCGCCGUUGCAGCUGCCCCACUACUAACCCAGCCUCAGCUACCCGGCCGGCCGCAGCCGCCUCCUGCUGCCCGCAGCGCCAGCAGAGGAGCUGCGGUGUCGGGCAUGCGCGCAGCAGCUGCACCCCAGACGACCAUGCCGGCUGCCCAAGACGGCCAGGGCUUGCCUGACAGGGCGUUGGCUGACCUGCUGCGGCAUCUGCACCACCAACGGCAGCAAUCGCAGGAGCUCGCAGGAGCACAGCCGCCUACGGAUCGGCCUCCACUUGACAGGGCACAGCUGCUGCAGCAACUGAGAACUAUGCUCGGUCCGCCGAAGGAGCCCUCAGUGGCGGACUUGCCUGAUGGCCCGACCGGCAGCCCGAUGGGCGGGCAGCCGGAGACUGCUGCGGGCAUGGCCGAGAUACCGCUGCCUCCGCAAGCGUCUCACCCUGCCGCCGCGGCUGUCCCUCCUGCUUUCGAGGCCAUCAUGCGCGCCUUUAGGGGCGGGGCCCCCCCUGCGCCUUCUGCUGUUGUCGGUGCUGCCCCCGCGGACUCGUACGGUCUACCUCCCAGGGGUCGGCGGCCGCCGCCGCCGCAUGCUAGAGUAGCCAUGCAGCAGUCGACACGCCGUCGGGACAGCUCUAACGUUGUGCUGGUGGGUCGCGAGGAGCUGGAAGCGCUCAUCUUGGCCGCGCGCGGGGGCAGCAGCAGGGCGUUUCCUCCUGAGCACCCAGCAAGCCGCGUGCAGCAACACGAGCAGCAGCCACACCAGCCGCAGCUGCAGCAGCAGCCAGACUGGCUGCUCGAGCAGCGGCGUGAGUCCGUUCGUCAUGGCGGCACGCGUGCACCGUACCCUGCUGGCAGGCCUCCGCAGGAGGCCUUGGGCGGUGCGCGCAGCGCUGCUCCUACCCCUCCUGAAGCAGCCAUGCAAGAGUCUCACCCGCAGCUUCUUCGGGGCUCCCGGCCGCCGGGUUCAGAUCCCGCUCCAAGCAGCCUCCUAGCCCCUUCUGCAUGCGCCCUGGGACCGCCCGCCUCGGCGGUGCAGCCGGCCCACACCCUCGCAGGUGCACUGGGGAAGCGACCCCGGGAGGAAGGCAACGCUAUGGUCCUGUUCCGGGAGCUGUUGCAAAAGAUGCGAGCGCAGGCGUCUGAAGUGCCUGACGCGGCGACGCGGCAGGCUGCCGGUGCCGAUGGUGUGCUUGGCGGAGGAGGCAAGGCGGAGGCGGACGCAGGGGCUUCACGCGACAUGGGGGCCAUGCGGCUGAAGAAGCAGGAGGCGUUGCUAGGGGCCGGCACCCCGCAGGGGCAGCAUCAGGGAGAAGAUGACAUGCCGAUGCUACCUGGUGCUCUGCUUCGGAUGCUACUGCAGAAGCAGCAGCAGCAGGUACCCAUGUUGUCUGCUGCUGCCGAUCCGCCGCCGUUGUUGCAGCAGCGGCAGCAGCAAGAGCAGCAGCAGCAGCGCCGCUCUCCGCUGGCACUGCUGGAACAUGUGACGAAGCAGCAACUGCAGCAGCAGCAGCAGCGAAACGCACUGCUCCCUCAACGGCGGCAGCACCAACAGCAGCAGCCACAACAACAUCAAUAUGAGGCCCUGCUGCAGCAGAUUCCUCCAGAGCUGCUGCAGCAGAUUCCUCCCGAGUUGCUGCAGGAAUACCUCAUGAAACAGCAGCAGCCCGGCCCCGUUAACAUGGUGCAGGGACUGCCAGACUUCGGCAUGGCGCCUGGGGAGCCUACAACUGCUGAUCUGGAGGCCCAUCUCUUCAUGUUUGGUGGGGCCGCUCACACUGCCGACCUGGAGCACCCAGGAGGGAGCGGUCAGCACCACCUGAAGCCACAUGCCCGCACCGCCAAGGCUGCUACCGGCGGCGGCGCUGCUGCUGCCGGUGCUGCUGCUGCGGGUCCUGCUGCAGCACCAGACACGGAUAGCAAUGUCAGUGAGGGUCCCGAGCAGGCGGCAGACGACAGUGACUACACAAUCGCGGGGGCCGACGCCGCAGACAGCACCAGGCCCAAGAAGGCCCGCUACGCCGAGACCAAACCGAUCAAGCGGAAGAUGAAGAGGCGCAGGAGGGGUGCGGCAAGCGACGCAGGAGCUGACGGCGAGGGCGGUGACAAGUCCUAUGUGCGCAGCGAGUGUCUGAGCAUGGCUGACAUCCGCAAGACCUUUGAGCUGCCGAUGGUUGAGGCUGCGCAGGUGCUGAACACCAGCACGACAAACCUGAAGCGCAGGUGCCGGCAGCUUGGGGUGCAGCGCUGGCCGCAGCGAAAGCUGGAGAGCUUGAUAAACCUGAAACGCUGGAUCGAGGAGGACGCGGACAUCGAGGAUGAGGAGGAGCGGAAGGCUCAGCUGGACAGAGUCGCCAGGAACCUUGAGGAGAUCAUACGGGACCCCAAUUCGGAGCUCUGGGAGUCCAUCAAGCCUAUUCGGCAGAACUACUACAAGCGGGGCUUCGAUACCCGGGUGCGCCCGGCUGCUAGGGGCACGAACAGCGGCAAGGCGUCCGUUCCCGGCUGCGAUGGUUAUGAAGUCAAUGGCAGCCCUGGAGCCGGCGUAGCAGCUGACGAGGACCUGGAAAGCGACACCGACAUUGCUGCAGCUGAGGAGGUCACGAACAGUGGUCCCGAAGCGGCCAUCGGUGCUGUUGGGGGGGUAAGGAGCGGUCUCCUGGGAGCUGACUUGGUCGCUGAGGGUAGGGCCACUGGCGUCAGGGGGGAGGGC